AUGUACCUCUUGGCCCUGUGUGGAAACCUGCUCAUCAUCCUGACAGUAAGCUCUGACUCCCAUCUCCACACACCCAUGUACUUCUUCCUCUUCAACCUGUCCAUUGUUGAUAUUGGUUUCAUUUCUACCACUGUUCCAACGCUGAUUGUGGACAUCCAAACUCACUUCCAUGUCAUCUCCUUUGUGGGCUGCCUGACACAGAUGUCAUUGUUUAUAAUUUUUGCAUCUAUGGAUGAUAUACUUCUGGCUGUGAUGGCAUAUGACCGGUUUGUGGCCAUCUGUCACCCUCUGUAUUACCAGGCCAUCAUGAAUCCCAGUCGCUGUGGUCUCUUACUUCUAGGGUCUUAUUUGUCCAUUGUUUGCUUGUUUUAUGGAACAGGAAUAGGAGUGUACUUCAGUUCCUUUCUGUCACAUUCUCCAUUAAAUAAUGCAGUGGCCUCAGUGAUGUACACUGUGGUCACACCUAUGUUAAAUCCCUUCCUAUACAGCCUGAGGAACAAGGACAUUAAAACUUCUUUAAGGAAGAUUCUUAACAGAACAUUGUAA